CAGAUAUCGCUUAGACGCAAGACGACCACCAAGAAAACUUUCUCCUUUUUAAUUAUUCAUAAAUAACGCGAAAAUUGGUUCGGCCAAGGAAAUACGUUCGUCCGCUAUCUUUAUAAUAGCACCGGUGACUGAUAUGUAUAUCAUUAAUAAGGGAGCUCGUAUCACGGAAUAGCUACCAUACGUCACUCAUUAGUUGAUGGUUGUGUCUAAUUUAUUUACUUGGGAACAUACCAUAAUUUCCGGAACAGGUAUCCAUAAUUUUAUUUGCUGUUCUGUGAGGUACACUGGACGGAUCAUGAGAAUUUUACACGACAGACUUCAUAAACCCAGGAUGUGUUUAUAACAUACUGUGCGAGAAGGACUCAGUUUUCAUUCAUAAAAACAAUUUCUGAAUUCCUUGGAUAAUACAGACGUUGGUAUGAUACAUUUCUAUACCGAGAACAAACCGUGUUUAACAUGUUCCUCCAGAUCGAGGAUUUGUGUUAAUAGAUUAAUCGGCCCGACACCGCUGUACCUUAUUGAAAAAUAUGAUAAAUAAAUGGAUGUAAAGUCCUUGGGGCUUAAGAAACGGCCUUUCUACAGCACUUUAAGGAUAUUGAAUGAAGUUAUAGUACAUCGGAUUCCUGGCUAGAAGUACUUAGCAAGGUUGCUUAUCUCAAGGAUAGAGAAAAAAACUUGUUGGUGAGAGACACGUCUCAUUAUUACAGAAAAACUGAAUUUCUGAACAUAUCACGAACGAUAUUCCAGCGAUUUGGAAACGAGAUGUCAGUGUACACAGUCUGAAAGAUAAAGUUGUCUGCAGCUUAAUUCAAAACCCGUUGAAGGGUCUUAUGAUUGAAGCGGGUAUCAUUUUUGACAAACACCUUGUGGAAAAAAAGGGAGAAAAAACUCUCUCAAAUUUGUUCAUGUUUUUAUGAAAACAUCCAACGCCUAACAAGAAAAGGAUCAACAAUGUGAAAUAAUGUUGUCAACCAGGAUUUGAAAAAAGGUUUGUGUAUAGAAGUGAAUUAACCGUCAAAUUGAAAAAGAAAAAAAGUUAAAAUACAAGUUCUUCAAAAUGGAAAAAUCAGCCGGAAUUCCAUUGCCAACGAACUUGAAGGAAUGCCUGCAGAGCCAGGGCGAGAAGAUAUACAAAUUCCCUAAACCUUUUUUCUGUAAUGCAACUUGGGAUACCAUUCUAUGCUGGCCACCUACUCUCAAAGGAGUUACUUUUAAAAUUGCCUGUCCGGAAUAUCUCGGAGUUGGUCCAGACAAAUUUGCAUACAAGACAUGCGGAAGUGACGGGCAAUGGGAAGGAUUACAUCCCGGUUUCAAGGAAUACCCGGAUUGGGAGCCUGGAUGGACAAAUUACAGUGAAUGCGAAGGUGUCAUUUACGAAAGUGCUACAGGAAAUAACGACACUUCCGGUGUAAAUGUUUCCGAGGCGGCACCUAUAAGUUUCGGAACGCUUCCCCUGAACUACGAUGGAGCCGACAUACUGGCAUGCGUCUUAUUGUCCAUGUCCAUUAUAUUCACAAUGGCGGCUAUUGGUAUCUCGUGUUUUUCAAAGGGAAUACAGGCGACUCGAGUUCGACUUUAUCGGAAUUUAUUUGCCGCUUAUUUGUUUCACGACAUUCUUGAUCUCGUUAUGAAUAUCGGUCGCAUUUUACACAGCAGUGACGUCAUAAAUGACGUAAAACCUUGUGUUGCUAUGGGAGUGCUCGUAACCCUGACAUCAUCCGCCAUUUUUGUUUGGUUACUCAUUCUCGGGAUAUACUAUCUUCUGACCAUGAAAAGCAUUGUGAUUGAAAGAAGAAUGUACUUUGUGCUUUGUCUCCUCGGUUGGUUCGUUCCUACCGUAAUCACCAUCACCUGGCUUAGCAUAACAGUGAUCUACGGAAAGACCUACUGCUGGUUCGGGGAAUUAUUUAUCGCUACACUUCAGUCUAGUUUCUGGAUAAUUGAGUCGACGAACAUGUUUUUCUUGGCUCUGACAUGGUUUUUCAUCAUUUACUUUUUGGGUAAAUACAAUGACCAGGAAACAACCAGGCGCCACAAUGAAAAUAAAGAACUUGCUGUCGAACUGGGAAACAUCCGGUCAAGCGCCAUAAAAAUCGUGAUCAUUUUAGCUUUUGUAACUGUCGCCUAUCUCGUUUAUAUGGCGUUUGCACAUAACACAAAUUCGGAAGUCCUCGCCUACAUGUUUGUGUUGACGGUAUAUUCUCGGGGAGUACUGACCCCAAUCUUCUUGUGUUAUUUUGACGAGAAUAGCCAUUGUUGGGAUGGUUUUUAUAAUGUGAUCAGUACGGAGAAUGCCGAGGACAGCGACGGAGCAUCCACUUCCUCAAUGAGUAUUUAAAUAAAUGUGUCCACCUGCUGUUUGAUAUUUAAAUGUACACAGAAUCAAUGUCGCCCUCUCUAAAAAUACAUCAUUUUGUAAAGUAAAGAAAACAUGUUUUACUUUUUGAAUUGUAACUCAAAGAGACAAACAGUUUUCCUUUUGGUAUCUACAGGAAUCGUGUUUUGCCGAAAAGUUAUUCAUAACCUGUAGGGAUUUCAGCAGCCUCUAGUCAAAUUCGCUUUGAAAUAAAUGUAUAGAGUGUACUUGUAUACAGACUCUCAAACAGCAGUGUCUAGCAUAACAUUUUAUAUAUACUCCGCAUUUCAUAAUACAGUGUUGUGAAUUUGUGAAAUCAUAUUUGAGGGGUACUUAGUCAACUAAUGAUGUUUUUUUACACAAAAUAUCUGUGAUAACCCGAGAAAAUAAAUUAAAAUUAUCAAUGAUGUAAUAGAAUAAGAUGUAUAUGAUACGUACUUAUGUGAAAUAUCGUUAUUUUUUCGUAAAAAAUAUAUUUAACUUUUGUUUCGUUCAGUGUUUGUCUAGGUCGGGUAGAUGUUUAAAACUGCUGCUACAAUUCAUAACAAGCGCCAAAGUCACGUACAAUGUACAUGUAAUUGAAUCUCGACUUUGUUGUAUAUGGACUUAAACCGAAACACCUCGGUUAAUUCCGUAAAAACUCGGAAUCAAACUGUCCAAGUCUUGAAUGGAAUAUGCGAGAAGCUGCGUUUGCCUCUAAGAACUUGUAUAACGAUUAUGGCAAUGGAUUUAUUGAAUAUAUUCACAGCUUAUUUAUUAUUGACUGGUUGCGGCAUUUGAGAAAUGUAAACUACGAUACAAUAUUUUGGCGUGCUACCUGUUACUGUUAUGUUAAGUAUUCACUUUGUUUUAAAAAAAAUCACCUCCAAAAUCUAAUGACGGAGCAAUCUAACCGUAGGAUUGAUAUAGUCAAAUGUGUGAUAGCUAUCAUUCUCUAGGAUCUGGAAUUUAUAAAGAUGAAUAUUAAUGAGAAUGAAAAUUUUGAUUUCUUGUAUAGUUAUCACUGGUUAUGUCGGAUUCUAAAGCUUUUAACUAGGAUGUAAAGUAAGAUAAGUCGGUCUAAGAACACAGCUGGACAGUUCGAGGCUUGUAGCCUGUCGAACCAUUCAUAAGACAUCGCAACUUCACGCGCGCACGCUGUAGCUGCCUCAUAUAUAUAUAAACAAUUAUAUUGCCGCGUAAUCUAUUGUAAUCAUGUACAUGCACGUGUAAUUGUCGUAACUUUACCAUCGCAAUCUAUAACGUAUUGAAACUCUCAAAGAACAGUAAUGACUUCAAAACCGUUUGACUCAAUGACUAUAAGGCCUUUAAAUAAAAAAUGUGUGAGUUCCACAUACCUGCCUGGAAUUUACAUAUAGACUUAUAAAACGUCAUAGACAAUAGCAGAUAAGUGGCGCUAAUUAAGUCCAGACCCACGCUCUAUCUAUGUCUACCUACCUAUCUAAAAUCCUUAAUCUAUAAUAACAGUACAAUGUCUAGUUAAAAAUAGAGCUCGAUUAUACCUACCUAUCUGCGCUGAAAAUUUCAGGGGAUGUUAAACACAUGUAUAGUCGUAUUUGGCCUUAUCGUGAUAGCUCAGUCGGUUAGAGUGGCGGCCACGAAACUUCAGGUGAAGAUCUGAGGUGCGUGGUUCGACGCUCCUUACCCGUGUCGGUUAGUGUUUAUCAGGAAGCUGUGAAAUGGGCCGGAUUGUCUUAUCGCGGUUGUGUCCUUUGGAAAGACAAUUCGCCCUAAUUACCCUAAAUGGCGUGCGACGGGCCUCCGAUAUGUUGGUCAUUGAGGUAGUCACCAACUACUACAAGGAGACCCCCGCCCCAAAUGCCACUGGCUGUUCACUACUUUUCUCUCUAUAUGACUCAUACAUAGUUCACGCACUGGUUCCUGUCGCAUCAGAAUAUAGGUAAUGUAACAUAUACAUGUACUGUCACGUGAUCAUUGUACUUCGUUUUAGAUGUCAUUUAUUGUUGUAAUUCCGUUUAUAACGACAACGAUUCUAAAUGUUUAUGGAUUGGUUUUUAUUUCCUUUUUUUCUGUUUCAUUUGCAUGUUGUCACAAUGUCUAUUAAAUUGUUAACACUACUA